AUGAAUGCUACUGAUCCCCAAUUUAAAUUAGCUGCCUACUCCAACUUGGCCCUUGCCCUGGACCCCUUCCUAAAAUUUAACUCUCGCCAUUCAAAGCCUCGCGGCUCCUUCCGCCCUACCCGUUGGUUUGACAAUGAGUGCGUCGCUGCCAAGAAAAAUUUGAGGAGGAUCUAUCUCACCUAUAGAAGCAAUAAUUCCAACUAUUUGCCGACGGAAUAUUACAUUGCCAAGCGCUUUUACAAAUUCCGUUUGGUUGACUGCUAUUAUAGUGGAUAUGUGGAAGGUGCCCCAGACUCUGAUGCCAUCCUCUCCACCUGCAGCGGGCUUUGGAUUGUGGGUGAGAAUAAUUCCUUUGGAAAGUCACGGGGAGAACGUUUUUGCCUUCAGAAUCAUGUCUCUGUUUCUUCUGUCAAGAUUUCAUCAUCUUUAACAAAUGAUGGUGUAUCUGCUGCACAUCAGCUGGGCCACACAGUCUUUGGCUUUGUCCAUGAUGACAUUCUGGGACACAGGGGCAGAAUGUGUGACUGCAACUGCACCUCAGACCCUGGCCACUGCAUCAUGUAUUCAACGGCCGUAGGAUGUCACAGAUUAAGUAACUGCAGCAAAAAUGCGUAUUAUGAAUUCGUAUCAAACCGAGGAAAAGUGUGUUUGCUGAACUUGCCUAAGGAUACAUUUGAGGUCCUACAUGAGGAUGCAUUUGAGAUGAAGAUAUGUGGAAAUGGUGUGGUGGAAGGCGAUGAAGAGUGUGACUGUGGCAGGGCUGAGGAAUGCCAAAAAAAUGACUGUUGCCAAAAAGAUUGUAAGCGGAAACCAAACACUGAGUGUGAUUAUGGACUCUGCUGUGACAAAUGUAAGAUUAUACAUGAAGGGAAAGUAUGCAGGGAAGCGGCUACUGAAUGUGAUCUCCCCGAAUACUGCAAUGGGGCUUCUGCCAGUUGCCCACCAGAUGUGUACAAACAAAAUGGGAUGCCAUGUGGCACCAGUGACAACUGUUAUUUGGGGAAAUGCCUGAACCUUCACCGACAUUGCACAGACCUUUUUGGCAAAGAUGCAAAACCUGCUCCGUUGAGUUGCUACAAAGAAGUGAACAUGCGAGGGGAUCGGACUGGCAACUGUGGCAAGGAUAAAUAUGGGUACAAGAAAUGCAAAGACGAAGACGUCUUAUGCGGAAGGAUCCAAUGCACUGAUAUUAAAGCAAUUCCAAGAUUUUCAACUGGGCAAGCUAUACUACAGACUCCUAUGGAUAAUGUAUUGUGUUGGGGUACAGAAUUUCACAAAGGGGAUGAGGCAAAUGAUGCUGGAGCAAUAGAAGAUGGAUCAGCGUGUGGUGCUAACAAGAUAUGCAUCCACAGAGCAUGUGUUGACCUGAAAGUUCUCAGUUAUGAUUGUAAUUUCACAAAAUGUAACCACCAGGGGGUGUGCAACAAUAACAAGAAUUGCCACUGCACUUAUGGAUGGGCCCCUCCCCACUGCACUGAAAGGGGAUUUGGAGGAAGUAUUGACAGCGGUCCCGCUCCUGAACACGUGAAAUCUAAAAAGACUUUAAUGCUGAGCUCUGUGCUUGGGAUGGCUUUGCUCGUGCUGGCUGCUGGUAUAACAUUUAGGAACUAUAUACUGAAUUGGUGCGGAAGACUAAUCAGAGACGGAACAUCUCCAAAACCUAUUGAUUCUGUUUCAGAAAGUACUGAGCAUCUCAGUGAUGAAGAGGACCAGAGCGACUGAAGCACCAUUCCUUGGUCAUCUCAUGGAGGACACCUGCUCAGGGAGCAAUGGAGACCUAACAAUCAACAGAUGGCAUGUUGUUCUACUGAGUCGGUUAACGUCUACAGCAGAAGACAUUUCUCUAUAUCUGAAGAUCACUGAAGAACAUGUUGUGGAGGAGAAAGCGCCACUCGCUCUACCUGCUGCUUUUGUGCUGCGCAUCUUGCAUUCUCUUCUGCUAUUGAAUCUCUGCCUAAUCUCAUCAUCAGUCUUUGGACAAAGUGUUCUGCCUUUGAAUAUUGCAUAUAUUUGUCAUUGGUCUAUCUCAGGGAGGAGUUGCCACCUCAGCUCUGAAAUAUAUCAUACAUCAACCUCACUUGAGUUGUUUUACAACUAAUUUCCUCCCCCGUCAGAGAUUUCAGCUGCAGCACACUCCCUCCCUCCCCCUGCAGGAGCAGGCCUUGGAGGCUGCUUGCCACAUGAAGGCUGGAACAGCCUGGAGGUCAUUUAGCAAUAGUCCUGUCUGGAGCUGAAGGCAGGAUCUUCCACGCU